GAGAAAUGAAAGUAAACUGACGGAAGAGCAAAUAUUUUAGCUGAUUGUUUUCCAGGACAAAACAGGUUCGAAUCUUCACAGACGUCGAUUUGCUUCCCCACGCGGAGGCCCGCUGCUCUGGGAUUCCGCGAAAAUCAACAUUUGCAGUUUUAUUCGUUUAAAACCGCAAGUAAACUGAGUUCAUUCUUGCUUCGUUGACACAAUAAUAACGUAAUCAGUUAGCUAAUGGACAAUUACCGCUGAAUUGUUUGGAUGAUUCCUGCUUUAAAAAAUUUCACAGGAGGGAAGCAUGACGUCUCAGGUCCGUGUCAUUGUGGUGGGCGCUGGCAGCCGUGGGCAAGUCUACACCCAAUUUGCAUCCAUUCAUCCUAAACGCAUGCAGGUUGUUGGAGUGGCCGAUCCAAGGAAAUUUGCUCGCACAAAUCUUCAGAAAAAACACAAAAUUAAAGAUCAAAACAUAUUUGAAGAUUGGCAUGGUAUAAUGGUUCGAGAAAAGUUUGCAGAUGCUGUGUUAAUUUGUACCCCAGAUCGUCUUCAUAAGGAACCUGCAAUAGCUUUUGCAGCGAAGGGUUAUCAUGUUCUCCUGGAGAAACCAAUGGCAACAACUGCUGAAGACUGCAAAGCCAUUGUGCAGGCUUGCAAAGAAAGUGGUGUGAUGCUGAUGGUUGGUCACGUCCUCCGAUAUGAUCCCACCAUCAAGAAGAUUAAGGAGAUGAUUGAUGCUGGAGUCAUUGGGGAUGUGAUCCACAUUCAGCAUCUUGAGCCGGUUGGGUUUUAUCACUUUGCCCACUCUUUCGUUCGAGGAAACUGGAGGAAUGAAGCAGAGACUUCUUUCUCUCUUUUAACUAAAUCUUGCCAUGACAUUGACCUCAUCCAUCACUGGGCUGCACCACGCAGGUGUGUCAAAGUGUCGUCGUUUGGAUCUGUGAGCCACUUCCGCAAAGAGCACAAGCCAGCAGGUGCUGCAGAUCGCUGCCUGGAUUGCUCGAUAGAAGGAGACUGUCCGUACUCGGCAUGCAAAAUCUACCUGGAUAAAGUCAAACGGAGUCACACCGGCUGGCCAGUGUCAGUCAUAUGUUCAAACUCAGCACCAGACAUCGAGUCCGUGACUGAAGCACUGAAGACCGGACCGUACGGCCGCUGCGUCUACGAGUGCGACAAUGACGUCUGUACUAACCAGGUUGUGAACAUGGAGUUUGAAGGAGGCCUGACAGCAGCCUUCACCAUGAUGGCAUUUACGGAGAAGCUGUGUAUGCGAAAAACAACCAUCUAUGGAAGCAAGGGGGAGCUGUCCUACGAUGGCCAUGAAGUAUGUGUGUUUGACUUCCUGCAGCAGUCCACCAUGCACAUGAAAAAUAGGAACAUCUUCAGUCACUCUGCAAUGAGUGGACACUAUGGGGCAGACUAUCACAUUAUAGAUGCCUUUAUUUCUGCUGUAGCAGUGGAGAUGGACUACCAAAAUACAAAAGAGGGUUUAAUUUCCAGUGUCUGUGUCAGGAUACCUGCCUUUGUCCUUGCACUUCAUCUGCAUUGUCCCAGUCCACCCAGCUGGAAACGGGUUCUAGUCUUGGCUGGGGAAGUAGUCUGCAAUGGACUGAUCCCCUCCCUUCAUCCAGGCAAAGUCAGCAAUCUCCUAUCCAUUUCAUGCUACAGUAUCCUUGGAAGAACGAUCCAUCCUUGAUCCAUUCGGGUCCGGAGGAGACGCUUCUGAGCCACCUGUUGGUGUUUGAUGCGGAGCGAUCCCGGCGAGAAGACAGGGUGGUGUACUGCAACGGAACCGGAAGUCAUCUCAACUAAAGCAGCAAAAUCGUCCUCUGUGCCACUUCAU